AUGGCGUUCAUUCUCUUCCUUUUAUCGUCACUCCUUCUCCAGGGAGCUCUAGGUGAAAUCAUCUGCGAGGAAUUACCUGUUGGAUUGUGUACCUUCUCUAUCGCUUCUUCAGGAAAACGAUGCAUAUUAGAGAAUUACAUAAAUCACAACGAAAACAUGGAAUACCAGUGCAAGACCUCAGAAAUCGUUGUCAAGAACAUGAACAACUGGAUCGAGAGUGAUGAGUGCACGAAUGCAUGUGGAGUUGACAGGAAAUCUGUAGGAAUCUCUUCUGACUCCCUCCUUGAGCCUCGUUUCAUUGCCAGGCUUUGCUCACGUUCAUGCUAUGAUAACUGUGCCAACAUUGUUGAUCUAUAUCACAACUUGGCCAUUGGAGAAGGUGUGUUUCUCGAAAACCUGUGUGAAGUUCAUAGGAAGAUGCCUCGUCGUGCAAUGAGUCAACUUCUAAGUUCUGGAGCAGCCUCGGGUCCCGUUUCUGGUGUAGAUGGUUUGAUCUCUAUGGCAGAAGCUCCAUCCUCUGAUGAAAAUUUUGAUUCUGCCGCAUAUGCUCCUACUUCCAUAUGA